GACUGGUUUAUCAUAUCUGUAGUCUCCUAACAGAAACUGUGGCUCUGUACUUGGAGGCAGAUGAUAAAAGCAGCACCAAGACAGCAAAUGCAGUACUUCUAUCCUUGCUUGACAUUUUGCACUGCAUGCUGAUGUACACAGCCAACAUUGUGCGCCAGACUUUACAGGCACAGAAAUCUGGCACAGGAGGGGACACACAGGCUGCUGAAGACCUUCUGCUUGUCAAUAAACCCCUGACGGACCUAAUUAGCCUGCUUAUUCAACUGCUUCCCAGUGAAGAUACUGAAAUAUUUGUGAGCACCUCACAGUGUUUAUCAUUGCUGGUUCAGCUCUAUGGAGGGAACAGUCAGGAGAGUAUGUCUCCAGAAAACAUGGACAGCUUUGCUGAAGUACUGAAGUCCAAAAAAGAUACACAACAACUGAAGCUUUUGUUGAGAAUUGUGAAGAGACUG